UACAAACACUUGGUUAGCGUUUGGCAAUGCCGUUAACGCCGUUUUUUUCAGCAAUCGUUGAAAAGUGUGGGAACUUCACCGCGAAUUUUCUGCGUCGGAGACUGUACUGUUCAACGAGCACGAAUCGAAGAAACCUGUAUUCUAGAAUCAGUCCCCUCGGAGACCCUUCCAUCAGCGUAGUUCCCGUUCUCGAUAAGUGGAUCGAAGAAGGUAACGCCGUUAACGGCCCUCAGCUUCAACGCAUCAUCAAGAUCCUCCGUAGCCGCAAGCGCUUCACUCAAGCGCUUCAGGUUUCUGAGUGGAUGAGUAGCAAAGAGGUGUGUCCAAUUUCACCCCGUGAUGAAGCAGUGCAGUUAGAUCUUAUUGGCAGAGUUCGUGGAGUAGAUAGUGCGGAGAGGUAUUUUGAGAGUGUGAGUGACGGAGACAAAACUUGGAAGCCUCAUGGUGCUCUUUUGAAUUGUUAUGUGAGAGAAGGUUUGGUUGAUAAGUCACUGUCCCAGAUGCAGAAAAUGAAGGAAAUGGGUUUUGUUUCCUCGCUCAAUUACAAUAACAUAAUGUGCCUCUACGCACAAACCAAUCAACUUGAGAAAGUCCCUGGUGUUUUGGAACUGAUGAAAGAAGAUGGUGUUUCUCCGGACAUUGUCAGCUACAGGAUUUGCAUAAACUCUUAUGGCGCGAGAUCUGAUCUCGUAAAUGUGGAGAAACUGUUGGAGGAAAUGGAAGGGGAACCCCACAUUGGCACAGAUUGGAUGACAUACUCUAUGGUGGCUAACUUGUACAUAAAAGCAGGCCUGAAGGAGAAAGCUUUGGUGUGCCUGAAGAAGUGUGAGGAUAAGGCAGACAAACGCAACGCGAUUGCCUACAAUCAUCUGAUUUCACAUUAUGCAGGUCUUGGGAGCAAAAGGGCCAUGAUGAGACUUUGGAAACUCCAGAAAACAAACUGCAAGAAGCAACUCAACAGGGAAUAUAUAACCAUGCUGGGUUGUUUGGUGAAGCUAGGAGACCUUGAUCAAGCUGAAAAAGUACUUGGUGAGUGGCAGUUAUCUGGUAACACUUAUGAUUUCAGAGUGCCAAAUAUCCUCCUGAUUGGGUAUUCCCUAAGGGGAUUAACUGAAAAGGCAGAAACACUGCUCCAAAGCAUGGUCGAGAAAGGGAAGACUCCUACUCCUAACAGUUGGGCUAUCAUUGCAUCUGGUUAUGUGGUCAAGGAGAACAUGGAGAAGGCAUUUCAAUGCAUGAAGGAAGCUGUGGCUGUACACGCUGAGAAUAAAGGUUGGAGACCAAAAGUUGAUAUCAUUUCCAGCAUAUUGAGAUGGGCCUCUAAUAACAAAGAUAUUAGUGAAGUAGAAGAUUUUGUCAAUUCAUUGAAGACUGUGAUUUCAUUGAAUAGGGACAUGUAUCUGUCCUUGAUCAAGAUGUAUGUUAGAUGUGGGAAGGAUGUAGAUGGGAUUUUAGAGAGUAUGAAAGCUGAUAGCAUAGAGCUAGAUGAAGAGAUAAAGGAAGUUCUUGACUUAAGAUUGCAAUAAUAUGGAUUUUUUUCUCUCCCUUUAGUUUUUUGGUCUUUCAUUUCAGUGUAGACAGAGAGAUCUAAAGAAAAUUGGACUCUGAUGCUGCAAUAUAGUUGGAUGGAAUUUGCUGUGAAUUGAAGAA